GCAAGCGCAACAGCUGCACACGUUGUUUUGGGUUUGGAAGUGUGUUUAGCAAAAGCAGCUACAGACAAGUUGAUUAAAGGGCGUUACCACGCUGUUUACAUAGUUUAUUUCCUUUGUGUUUCUCGUGGCGGUCUUUGUUUGGACCCGCGUUAGAUGUCGCUGAAACCAGGCGACUCAUUUUAGACGGAGAAAGCUGAAGUUUGAAGAAAGCUAACUGGCUAGCUUAGCCCGCUGUAGCUGUGAGUGGCAGCAUGGCACCUGUACUGGAGCUGAUUGCUGGGAGCUACGAGCAGAUCGCCUUUGGUUACCGAGUGAAAACGGACGAAACAGAGUGGACGGCGAAGGCAGACUUCACACAUCACGCCCACACAGCAUCCAUAUCAGCUGUGGCAGCCAGCGAGAGGUUUGUUGUUACAGGCAGCAAAGAUGAGACCAUGCAGCUUUACGAUAUGAAGAAGGGAAUUGAACACGGUGCUUUGCUGCAUCAUGAUGGCACCAUCACCUGCCUGGAGUUUUAUGGGACGUCUCAUUUACUGAGCGGAGGAGAGGACGGACUCCUGUGUGUGUGGAGCACAAAGAAGUGGGAGUGCCUGAAGUCCAUCAAAGCUCACAAAGGUCACGUCACAUCGCUGUCCGUCCAUCCAUCGGGGAAACUUGUACUCUCAGUUGGGACAGAUAAGACUCUCAGAACAUGGAAUCUGAUUAAUGGAAGAUCAGCCUUCAUCAAAAACAUAAAACAGAAUGCACACAUAGUUAGAUGGUCUCCAGAUGGGGAUAAAUAUGUGGUGGUGAUAAAUGACCAGAUGAACAUCUACGACCUGGAGACGGCCUCUGUGACAGGAACAGUUACAAACCCCAAAAGAAUCUCAUCUGUUAAGUUCUUAAAUAACUCCAUCCUGGCUGUCGCAGGAGAUGAUGAAAUUGUGAGGUUAUGUGACAUGGGAAAAGAGAAAUGGGUGUGUGAAUUCAAGGCUCAUGAAACCAGGGUCAAAGCUGUCGACAGUUUCAAUAUGGAGGAUUACUGUGUGAUGGUGACAGCUUCAAAUGACGGAUUCAUCAAAAUGUGGAAACUCCAUCUUAAAGAGGAGCUGGAGCCUCCCACCCUCCUCGGGGAAGUGAACACAACAGCCAGACUGACGUGCCUCGCCUUGUGGAAGCCUUCAUCAGCGCCUCAGACCCCUGAGGAACCAGCAGCUGAGGCGACAACAUCUGAAGAACUUGCUCGAGAACUGUCGAAGACGAAGAGAGUCCGAAUUGCAACAGAAGAAGUCGUUCUAGAAGAUGAGAGCAAACCCAAAAAGAAGAAAAAGGACGGUGGAAAAUAAAAUGGGCAGCAA